CUGACUGAGCUGGGGGAACUUUGCCUGGAUGGCACUUUCCUGUUCUACAGUCUGUCCCUGCUGGAGGGGCUCGGCUCUGAGAUCCAAGAUGGAGUUGUUGAGUCGAGCUGAGCAAGAGAUGAGUCUGGCGGCCUUGAAACAACACGACCCCUAUAUCACCAGCAUCGCAGACCUCACGGGCCAGGUCGCCCUGUACACUUUCUGCCCCAAAGCCAACCAGUGGGAGAAGACAGAUAUAGAAGGCACAUUAUUUGUAUACCGAAGGUCAGCUUCACCUUACCAUGGCUUUACCAUCGUCAACCGACUGAACAUGCAUAAUCUGGUUGAACCAGUGAAUAAAGAUUUGGAAUUUCAGCUCCAUGAACCAUUUCUUCUGUAUAGAAAUGCAAGUUUGUCAAUAUACAGUAUCUGGUUUUAUGACAAGAAUGACUGUCACCGCAUAGCAAAACUCAUGGCUGAUGUGGUAGAAGAGGAGACACGGCUCUCCCAGCAGGCUGCUCGAGAUAAACAAAGUCCCAGCCAGGCCAAUGGCUGCAGCGACCAGCGGCCCAUAGAUAUCCUGGAGAUGCUGAGCAGAGCCAAGGAUGAGUAUGAGAGGAAUCAGAUGGGCGGCUCAAAUAUCUCCAGUCCUGGGCUACAGCCAAGCACUCAGCUCUCCAAUCUGGGAAGCACCGAGACUCUAGAAGAGACACCCUCUGGGUCACAAGAUAAGUCUGCUCCAUCUGGUCACAAACAUCUGACAGUAGAAGAGUUAUUUGGAACCUCCUUGCCAAAGGAGCAACCAACAGCUCUAGGUCUAGAGCCAGAAGACACAGACAAGCUGCUGGGAGAUGCACCACAGAAAGAGCCCAGCUCAUUCCUCCCAUUCCCCUUUGAGCAGUCAGGGGAUGCCCCUCAGUCUGAAAACCUGGGUGUCCAUUCUGCCGCUCACCACACAGUCCAGCCUGAAGUCAGUGCUCCGGUGCUGAUUACUCCCGCCUCCAUUGCACAGUCGGGUGACAAGCAUCCCCCAGGCUAUACGCUCCCACUGAGCCCUGUCCUCAGCCCCACUCUGCCAGCCGAAGCUACUAUCACACAAGUUCCCCACUUACCUCGGAAUAGCACCAUGAUGCAAGCAGUAAAGACCGCACCUAGGCAGAAAUCUCCACUCCUGAACCAGCCAGUCCCUGAGCUAAGCCACAGCAGUCUGGUUGCUAGUCAGAGCCCCUUCAGGACCCCGGUGAGCCUGGCAAAUCCAGCUGGCACAGCCCUCCCAAGCGUUGAUCUGCUCCAGAAACUCAGGUUGACCCCACAGCAUGACCAAAUACAGGCACAGCCGCUUGGAAAAGGUGUGAUGGCACCCAACUUUUCUUCAGCAGCUGGCCAACUGGCCACCCCUGAGAGCUUCAUAGAGCCUUCCUGUAAGACAGCAGCAGUAAGAGCAGCAGUCUCAGCCUCCCUGAGCAACAUGGUGCUUGCUCCAACCCUCCAGUCUAUGCAGCAAAACCAGGAUCCUGAAGUAUCUGCCCAGCCUAAGGUGUUACCCAGUGCCAUCCCGAUUGCAGGCCCUCCAUUGGUUACUGCAACAACCACAGCAGUAUCCUCGGUCCUGCUGUCCCCCAGUGUGUUCCAGCAAACAGUUCCCAGGUCCACAGACCUAGAGAGGAAAGCCAGCUCCUCCUCUCCCCUCACUGUUGGAACACCAGAAAAUCAGAGAAAGCCUUCCAUUAUUCUCAGCAAGUCUCAGCUCCAGGACACACUGAUACAUCUAAUAAAGAAUGACUCCGGCUUCCUCAGUACACUUCAUGAAGUUUACCUGCAGGUUCUGACCAAGAACAAAGACAACCACAACCUAUGACUGCAGUGAAGGCAGUGUGAAGGGAGAGGGUCCACCUCAAAACAAGCAGGCUUCCUCACGGGACAUCUAGGUAGAACAUGGAUCUCUGAGGAGCCUGCGAGAGCCUUGUCAUUGAGGCUGUUUUGUAGAGACGUUCUCAGUGAUGAUGGAGGUUUCACUGUGAAGCAUCACCAGCAGACCUUUGUUUGACAAAACAACAAGAGACCAUUGUGUUGAGUUAUGUGGGAGUUUUCAUCAGCUAUAAGCCAGUGUGUGGAAUGAGUUGCCUGAUUGUCAGCUUGCUUUCCAGGCCUGGGGAGGAGCCACCAGCCUUGCAGCAGAGCUCAGUGGAGCCCUCAUCCUCCCUCCUCUACCCCUAGAAGCUCUGAACUUAAUGUCAGCUCACAGAGUAGCUUCAGGUUGUAAGGAUCAGAAUUUAAGUUGACUCUUUGGAAGGUAUUGUUCAAGUGAAGUAUAUUUUCUAUGAGCACCCCGCUUGGGCCUUAAGACUUCUGGGAUGUCUUUGUGUUCCGGUAAGUGUCCCUGGUCCUGCCCUGUGCAAACUCCAGUGAAGCACUGCUCUUUGGGUAGGGCCCGCUGGGCCCUGGUGGAAGAGACUUCACGCCGAUGCAGAGGCCGGGCCGCACAGAUCCAGAUCCUACCAGAAGGCUCCGCUUUAGUGAACUCGGCAGUUCAAGUGUCAAGUUUCUGUGUGAAGCGCAGCCUUAUUUUCCUUUUCUGUCUAAACACAGUUCAAGUUAUUGUUGAUUGUUUUCCUUAACACUUUGGCAAAAGGACCAGUGGACCAAUCUGACAAAGCCAUUCUGGUUCCAUUCCUCAGAUGUGCUGAGGGCAUUUAAAGCUAUGCAGAGAAUGGAGCUGUCCUCACACUGCCCUUCCCUUGUUGUAGAAUAUGGAGUCAAAAGCAAGUGUGAGACACAGAACCUCACAGUAUAUUCCUAGGCUGCGGGCUCUCCCAGCCGCAGUGCAGAACUGUAAAGAUGCUUUGUGAUGCUGCUAUUGAUCUGCCAUGGUUUCUAUUUAUUCUUUUCUGGCAUGUAAUGGUGUUUGGUAAUAUUUUAAUGUAGAAUUUGAUUAUUUCAGCAAUAGUAAUUUUGAGAUAUUCUUUGAA